AUGUGGAAGGGAUCCGGGAUUUGCAUCUCCAGAUUAGGAGCGUGUUCACAAGACACCAAGCCACCAUGCCAAAGCUGUUCCCUGUCAUGCCAGGCUUCUCACCCAACCACAACGAGGAGUGGCCUGGACACGCCGGGGCACAUUGCCGCAAAGGUGGAGGUGCCCCGGGUGGUGUACCCGGCGGACGAGCUGCAGACGCGCAGGCUCCAGCACUUCCUGGCGGAGAUUGGCAAGAACCCGCAGCGAUUGGCGGGGGAAUGGAUUGCUGAGCAUCCUAAAGCCAAAAAGCUGCAAAAGGCCAUUUUGGACACCGACUUUGCCACCGAUGUGGAAGGUUUUGAGAACUGCCUGGAAGGGUCCUUAUGGCGCUUUCUCCUUUUGGCCAUCAUGCCCUACUCCUUUGCAGAGGAGGCCUCGCUCCAGCUGGAUGACGAGUGCUUGGACGAGAGUUGCACUUUGAACGCGCUACAGCUCCGAGGAGCGGCCGCCGCCGUACCUGUGGUGCCAGACAUUGAUGACAUCAUCGAGGAGAGGGGCAACCCUUCGAUGACUCAGCAGGACCCCGACGACGAAGAGGAGGAGGACGACGACGAGGACGAGGAGGACGAGGAGGAUGGCGGGAAGCCUGCCGGACUCGAUGAUCACGAGGAUGAGGAGGAGGAGGAUGGUCCCAAUCCAGAUGAGGCCAGCGACUCUGGAAUUCCUGCCUGGGAGCCACUGCCGGAGGAUGCCAACUGCUCCAAGCCGGACGCGCAGUGCGGUGGUCAGUGGUACUAUGGGCCCACCUGCUGCUGGCAUGGGCACCUUUGCUACCAGGUGAACGAGUACUACUCGCAGUGCGUCACCAAAGACAAGGCGAAGGGUGGACCCUUCAUGCCCUACAAGCCAACCAAAGAGCCCUCCGAUGCGCCGGUCUUCACCUUCUACGUCUACCGCGCCUCCUCUGAAGAGGGAAGUGACUUGCUGGACAACAUCAACGUGGGGAACUUGGCCGGCACCUUGUGGUACCUGCAAAACGAGGUGGUCUUCGUGCGGCCCAGGAAGUUCAACAUCUCCAAGAUCGUCCGCUACAAGAUCUCCACGAAAUCCACAACGCCCUUGUACGACCUGGGCAUGAACUUCGGCGUCCGCUUCGCCUACGACUCCGCGCAGUGCGAUGGCCCAUGGUCCUGCGACCUGAACUACGACCGCUUCGGGUACUUCGUGGGUUGCAACAACCUCGGCUCCUUCCCCUUCCCAACCUAUGACAUUCACUACCCCGGCGCCAAGUGGUAUGCUCUUCCAGGGCCUUGCUCCUCCAAGACCUACCAGGACAAGGAUGCGAAGUGCAUCAAGGAGCAGCCAGGUGGUCGUUGUGAUGGAACACCCACUGGCCAAGGCAACUGCACCUACAGUAUCGAGGUGGUCGGCUCUUUGACCAUCGAUGAGAUCGACGGCAUCAAAGACUACCACGAAUUCAUUCACACAGGAGGCGUCGAGUUCAACAAGACCUUGGACAAGGGCGAGGGGUGCACCUUUUGGAACAACAUGAACGUCACAGCCAAGAACAUUGAGAGGGUUGAGAAGGUGAGGGCCUUGUUUGAGAAGAAGUAUCCCGAUCAGCCCUUGGAUGAGGACAUGGAAGCGCCAGCCUGCGACUUCAACUUCACCGCCUUCUAUGGUAAGGAUCCUUCAUAUCUCACCACCACCGCUGCGCCCACGACGGAGGCCGCAACAACCGAGGCUCCAACCACCACUACCACUGAGGCUGAGACUACGGAGACCGCCACCACGGAGGCUGAGACUACGGAGGCCGAGACAACUGAGGCUGAGACGACUGAGGCUGAGACCACCAAGACAGCUUUGAGCACACCUGCUGGCUGCAAGGAUGCGGAGUUCGGCACCCACUGCUACUCCGCAGUGACCUGGGCCAAGGAGCACGGAUUGAAGCUGCACCCCACCUGGUACCCGGGACUCACCUCGUCCUCCCCCUUCUCGGACUUCCAGGCGCGUGUCCAUCACGUGAACCCCAAGGACUGCCCACUGCCCUGCACCAAAGAUGCGGGAUGUCAUACGGCAGUGGCUGGAGAGCACUGCUACUCUGCUGUGAAGUGGGCUGCUUGGCGCAUAGAUUGA